CCGUCGGCCCGCAAGCGCCGCGCAACAGGCGCUGUCCCGCCAGACGGGAGUGAACUUGCCUGUCGGGUAGGCGGUGGCUGCAGCACAUCGAGUGUGAGCGUGCAUGUGUGUUGUUGUUCUUUUUGUUGUGUGAGAGUGUGUGUCGUUAACUAGCCAGAGCCGCCGCCAUUGUCCCCGCGUCCUGUUCGGGCAGUCGACGGAUCCACCGCCUCGGCUUCCCAGGAUUACUGCCGCCAAGAUGUCCUCGCCUUCGCAGCCCAACAUCGCGGCCGCCGCUGCCGCGGCCGCGGCCAACAGUCGCGGGGACUUGAUCGAACAGAAGGGCCCCAACCACAUCGUGCGCAUUCGGAGUGACAGUGACAUAAACUUGGACGACCUCUUCAAGGCGGUCAUGCAGCCUAGCAACAGGGUGCCUCUGAGCGUUCCGAUGCGGCUACGUAACCUGCCGGCCUCGUUCUUCCAGCAACCCGAACGCUCCAAGUCCGCUUCGCACAGCCGCGAAUCGAGCAACGACGCUACUUUCUCUCCGUCGAGCGAAGCGACAGCCGCCGUGGUUGCUGCCGCGGCGGCCGUGCCGUCGCUGCCCGUGAACCACCCGAGGGCCCACUCGUCGCCUGCCUCGCUUCAGCAGAGCUACAACGCGCCAAGCCCGCAGCACUUGCGCCAGCAGAGCUACGACCUAGCAGACGAAGGAUCCCUGCCCCCGGGGUGGGAGAUGGCCAAGACGUCGACCGGCCAGCGCUACUUCCUCAAUCACCUGACCCAGACCACGACCUGGGAGGACCCCCGCAAGAAGUCCUCGGGGGCGGGUCCCAAACACCACGCCACGCCGCCACCGCCGCCCCACACGGCUGCCCCGGCCGCCUUGCACUUCAAGAACCUGGGGCCUCUUCCCGACGGCUGGGAGCAGGCCACCACAGGCGAGGGGGAGGUGUACUUUAUCAACCACAUCGAGCGCACCACCAGCUGGUUUGACCCUAGGAUACCAAUUCACCUGCAGAAGCCCCUGUUACAGAACCAAGGCAAUGUUCCUGGCAUAUCGGGGCCAUCGCCAAAUCAGCUGCCUGGGUCCGGCAACCCUGCGGCCAUCGGCGGCCCUAACUCCCCCGAAUCGAUGAACGCCAUCUCGGCCGUGGUGGCUGCUACAAGCUCCCUGACCAUUCAGCAGCAGCGCCAGCAGAAGCUGCGCCUUCAGCAGCUGCAGAUGGAGCGGGAACGCCUCAAGCUUCGUCAGCAGGAGAUCCUCCGACAGACGGCAUUCCUUGGAAACCCCCGUAAUGAGAUGCUCCUGAGACGAAACCUGACCGAAGAGAUCCUGCCGAGCCCGACCUCGCCCCCCACCAGCGACGGUGGAGUGGGGCCCACGACCGACCCCUUCCUGGGAGGGGACUUCCAUUCGCGCCAGGAGAGCGCCGACAGCGGCCUGGGCCUGGGGCCCAACUACUCGCUGCCCCACACCCCGGAGGACUUCCUCUCCAGCAUGGAUGACAGCAUCGACGCUGGCCUCAACGACGACCCGAGCCAUCAGAACAGUGAGUUGAGCUUAGACGGACUUCAGGGCACGGGCAUUGACAUGGGCACCGAGAACAUGGACUCGGAUGACCUGGUUCCUAGCUUACAGGAGGAACUUCAGGGGGACCUUCUCUCGGACAUGGAGGCCUUGUUAACGUCCAGCAAGGACAGCGUCCUGACGUGGCUCUAAGGAGCUCGGGGCCCCUGCCCACUUUGCCAAGUCCUCCCUCCCUUCACCCCUCCCCCUUUUCCACGUUAGCCAGCUGGGACUGCGAGUGAAGUGCUCCAUCGCAACAAGACGAGUGCGUAAGGUGAAGCUCGAACACCCUUCCCAACUACUCCACCCCAGCGUAAAUGGCCACUACGCACCGCAACAAGAAGACGGGGAGCUGGCUCGGUAGGGCCACUUUCGUCGAAACGUAUAUACAAGGAAAUAGAAUGAGCUCCGACAGCUCUUUUUUUUAAUGUGUAAUGCAGCUAAGUUUUACAUGUGCUGCGAGGAAAACAAACGAGCAGCAGACGUCCAUGCCGUCCAUCUUAACCAGAAGUAUUGUCGGGCAGCGCAAGCGUGCUGCUAUUUUUGCCGUAACUUGUGCCUUAAUCUUUUAAACGACACUGGGCACGCCUAGAUCAAGAUUGUGCAACGUAAAAAGUGCCAGAUUUUACAAGUGCUUUUUGUUUUUUUUGUGGUACCGUAGUUGUAAGGGAGAGGUGUUGGAGGGUGUUCUGCUAAACACUGUGCCUUGCAUUUUGUAGAAAGAGUAAAAGUAAGAUUUUAACUUGCUUUUAUGCGCCCUGUUCUCGGUCAUUGCGACGGCUCUACUGCCGUGAGCAAGUUGAGACAUGGGGCUAAUGAAGCAAACUGUUUUUCUUCCCACUCCUCUCUCUCUUCUUUGAUAGGAGCAAUAUAUUGAUGUUGUUCCUCUUUUCUUGUGCAAAUGUAACACUUUUUUUGCCAUUGUUAUUAUUGUUCUUAAUGCUGAGCAAUAACAAAGUGCCUUAAACUGUUUGUCUCAAUCUCUCCUGGGACAUGUUCCCUUCUGUUAUCUUGUUUUACUCCCCUCCCCCCCCCCCCCCCCCCCCCCCCUCAGCCCUCGUUUUUUUUUUCUUCUCUAUUGUUUCAUUUGAGUAGCUUGUAUAUUGAGUAGCUGCAUGACUGAUGCUAUCAGUGUCCAUUCCAUCCACAAAUAGCUCCUCUGCCUUGUGAAGCUGUCUGCUGACUGCAGUUGUGGGCCUUGUUGCCAGAACCUAUGGUUACCACCCCAGCUUCAGUCUCAGAAACGAAUGUCUGUGCGCAGUCUCAAGUUUAUAAUACGCAGAUUGAUUUUGCCCUCGAGACUACAUAUUAUUAGGGUUUCGCCGCACAGAGCGACUCGUGCAGUUUGAGCGUUUCGGAACUACAUUUUCCGAUUUUGUUUUUAUUUCUGUACCUUUUUACCUUUUUUUUUUUUUUUUUUUGUCUUGAGGCUCCUAUAUUCAUUGUGCCUUUUAAUAUACUUUUUUUAGUACUUGUGGGUUUGAUUUUGGAACUAAAAAAAAAAAAAAAGACAGUAUGUUACUCUCAUUUAGCUUUGUUGUCAUUUUGCGUUUCUUAAAAAAUGCAAGUGUAUUUCUGCUGUCGCAGCCUCGUUCUAAGAGAUGCUUGUCGGUGCUAACCAUGGUUCUGCCAACAACAGAAGUAACUGCAGUAUAUCUCACUUGAACGAUCCCUGCCUCGGUGGACAAUGUUUGAUAAAUGGACUGUUUUGGAAUCGCUCGCGGAUUUUUAUUCUCCGCUACAAUUUACUGUUGUGAAAUUUUCUUUUGGCCAACCAUUUCCUGAGCCACACUGAAGUUCACUUAAGUGGGAUUAUACUGCAGCUAUCUUCCAUAACCGCAUGUGAAGAGUGCAGGGGAAGAAAAAGAGAUGAAGUGACUGUUUGUGUUUUUCAUUCUACAUCGGAGACGUGGGGACAGCUGAGAAUUCAGGCUACCGUAAAACUCCCCACUGUGACCAUCGUUCAUCCAAAACAUCGUAGAGAAAGUAUUUUGUAACUGCUACAUGGGAAAAAAGAUUGUCUCAUGCUUUUUGGCUUUCGUACGUAUCACGUGAGGAAUGCUCUCGAGUGCCAAACGUGUGUAAGGCAGAUGCUAUCUUCUCGGGCGUUUCUUUGUACACAUCUCUUUCCUACUGUACAGAUGUUGUUGUAGCUGCAUUUACACAGCCAUAGGUGUUUUGCUAUGCAAAGAAGGUAAUAAAAAGAAGAGUCAGUGCCUUAGGGAUUCAGCGAGGAUCCACGCAAAAAGACGUUUUUCAGAAAGUCUGGACUCCACUUUUUGUAAUUGUCCGACGACGCCAAGACGGGUUUUUCUCGUUCUCGCUUCUUUUUUAUUUUAAUCGAACUCGGUUGAUUGAAUUUUUUUUUGGCAGCCUUCUUGGCUCACGCAAUACCAUUUCACCGUGUUUGUUUUCGGCCCUGAGGGUAACCAAGAUGGUUACCCUCAGAGAAAGGUUUGACCCCAGUUUGCACGUGGCAGAAAACGUUUUUGUGUCGCGUGAUUGCUACAUUGCCCAAAACGCUUGUGCCCUGUUUUUGCUCCCACAAUCAUGCCUCGUGACUGCUUUUUGGAGAGCAAGCAGCCUCUAGCGUAGAAGCAGCAGCUGAUUGCGCAUCGCAAGAAAGGGACGAAGGAUGGCCUGCUUGAACUUGCCGAAAUUUAUUCGUUUAUGGUUGUGAUAAGAGUACAAAACAUGCCAAUCGGGGUGUGGCGGGACUGCAAACCUGCCGGGUGCUGAGGAAAGGCAGACUUUCGGUGCACCCUUCUUGUUGACGCAGUAUUUGCUAGGUGAACAUGGUUUCCCCGUGAAAAAGUAUGGCCAUUCCUUCUUCCCUUUUACGAGAUUUUUUUUUUUUUUUUGCAUUGCGAGCUGCUUAGCUUGCGGUGCGAGACUGCCCUUCUUGUCACUCGGCACUUUGCACGCAACUUGCGAGCCACCCAUUUUUUUUUUACCUUCCUCUGCAGGUGCCGACAAGAAUUUGCAGUGCAGUCUCUUUCGCAGCUGUUAACGAAAGUUUGUUACCAAUAAAACAAAAGUGUUGCAUGAUUUUGAAUUUUGAGACGAUACUACCCAUGAUGCCAGUGCAAUUUUUUUCAAUGGGGCAAUACUAUGCGAGAUAAAAAAAAAAGCAAUUACUUUUGGCUGUGCAAAAUAAGGAAGUGAACGGCUAGCAUUAAUUGUUUUUGGAUGGCAGACUGGUUCUGCACCUGCGUGCCCGUUGGUUUACCGCGAGAGAAACUUUUGUUGUGAUAUGCCUCCCUGUGUAUGUAUAUUGUAUGUGUAUUUUAAUUCUCACUGGUUUUGGGUAAUGAUUAAUGAAUUGCAUUUUUUUUCCCUUGAAAUCCCCUUUCAAUCUGCCCAAUAUAGCUAAUUUCUUUUACGUCCUGAAAGGAAAUGUACAUAAAGAGGGUUUACUUAAUUUCUCGGAUAUUUGCCAUUGUUUGUAUUUUCUCUUGUGUUGGCUGUGAAUCAUGUAAAUAAAUGAUUAAUGUUUAAACCAGUUCA